AUGGCCAACUAUCCUUGUCGCCGACUCCGCCUCUCCGGACGAACACACGCUCUUGCUGUACAGACUCUCCUGGAACGGCAUAAUCAAGGGUGGCUCCCAGGCAUCCUUGCGUUCCUCGCAUCUGCUAGUGUUAGUGCCCGUUCCGUUCAGCGCUCCACGCGCCGUGUCCCAAAAAAUGCCGUCGACGGCGUCCAGGACUACUUCAUCGGCAUUGCUCGCGGCCUGCAUCCCUGGGUCCACCCUGAACCAGCCUUUCUCGUCUUCGAACGAGGUUCAGCGCGACAGACUGUCAAAGGUCCACACGCUGCUGACUGGGCCCGGCCGGGGUCCCAAGCUCGGAGCUGGGCACCAGCCCAUACGCACCCCUUCGCCACGCGCGGGCCUACGGCAUCGCUGGAGUACAUAUCGUUGGAAGAUGCAUUAGACCGGUUCACCUGGGCAUGUAAGGUCCAUACAUUCCAUCCGAACCUGGAUCGACGGUUCUUCGUGUGGGUGGAUAAGGGAGAUGCAUUGAAAGAUAGCGUCUUGCUUGCGUGGGUCGAUUGGGACGAGGAUGUCGCGAAGAGGGAUGACGAGUUGCUAGGUUGA